AGUGUUGUAGCCUUGCCCAGCUGUAACAUCCAGUUAUGCAGCUGGUCAUCCAGCUACCAGCUGUUUCAAAACAUAGCUUGAUAUGGUCAAACCAUGUCAAGCUGGGAGCUGGUCUGAACUGGGUAACCAGCUACCAGCAUGUAGACAUGCUGAAUUGGUUUUACCGUGCAUUGCGCGGAAAUGUAUAGUAGUAUCCACGAAAAAUACACCAUAUCAAUUUAAAAGUACUCUGCAAUCCAACCCCGCUUCCAAAUGGUUUUGUCUCAAUCAAUCAAUCAAUCAACUUCGCAUCUUCCGACAUUCAGAAUACAACUUGUCAUGAAAAGCACCGCAUCCCCAGCCCCAGUUCGGUUACGGUGAAUGAUAUGAUCAGACAGUUGGGCAGCCGUCGGAUAUGUUGACUCAUUCCCUAAAGAAGGUCUGGCUGGCAUAUGACCUUCGGACCUUGGGCGCAGCUGUCUCCAUGGUGCCCAUGCCCGCAAAGGUGGGCAGGGUCAUUAUACGUGAACGACUCCACACAGUCAGCAAGGUGUGGCUGGCGGGCGGCCUUCGCGCCUUGGGCACGGCCGUCUCAAUGUCGCCCAUUCCUGCGACGGUGGCCGGCGUCACGGCUCACAAAAUAAGCAAGAAGGUGACACUAUACGUGAACGACUCCCCCGCCGCCCGCGUGCCUCUGCAGGGGGGCGGAGACAGGCCUCUGCUGCUGCUCUUCCCCUGGCUGGGGUCCCGCCCGCAAGCCCUGAGCAAGUACUGCGAGAUGUACUUCCGGGUAGGGCUGGACGUGCUGAUCGUGGAGAGCGAGCUCAGCCAGUUCCUGUGGCCCCGCUGGGGGCAGGAAUACGGGGCCCAGGUCCUGGACCUGCUGCACGAGGACAGGUUCGUCACCCGCCCGCUGAUGGUGCACGCCUUUUCCAUUGGCGGCUACAUGAUAGCGCAGAUGCUAAUGCUCAUGGCGCGGGACCCCGAGCGCUACCGGGGCCUGAUGGAGCGGGUCCAGGGUCAGGUCUACGAUAGCCUUGUGGACGGGUCACUGGAGCGCAUCGCCGUCGGGCUCGGAAAGAGCAUGUUCCCCAACUUUGAAGGCCUGGUGACGUGGCUAAGCCUGCUGUACUUCCGCGUGUCGAAGAAGCACACCCUUGACCUAUUACACGGUGCCGUCGAGAAGUUCUGGGACAACCCCAUCACUGCGCCAUCCCUGUUCUUCUACUCCGAGGACGACCCUCUGUGCGACUACAGGCAGCUGGAGGAACUCAUGGAGCUGUGGCAGAAGCGUGGCACGCCCGUGCAGAGCAGGAAGUGGAUACGGUCCCUGCACGCCGGUCACCUGCGCCAGCACCCACAGGAGUACCUGUCCACUCUGGAACACUUCCUGUGCUCCCUCAACCUCAUCCCCCCCAAAGCCAAAAUGUGAAGGCCCCCACCGCCAACCCAAGGAACACUUCCUGUGCGCCCUCAACCUCAUCCACUUCAUAGCCAAAAUGUUAAGCCUCCACUGCCAACCAAAGGAACACUUCCCAUGCACCCUCAAUCUCAUCCAUCUCAUAGCCAAAAUGUGAAACCCCCACUCGCCUACCCACAGAACAAUUCCUGUGCGCCCUCAAACUCAUCCAUCUCAUAGCCAAAAUGAAGUCUCCACUCACCCAUCCACAAAAUCAGAAGGGACAAUGGUUUACAUUUCUGUUAUGUCUUUCAUCGCACAAUCAGAAGCACUUCACAGUGCUUCCACACUGGAGGAUACAGGUGUUUUGCUCACUUAGAGUUGGGUCAAAAUCAUAGACUGCACUACCAGUUAGGUACUUUAUUUAACAUUUGUUUAAACUAUCUAAAAUGUCUGCAAGAGGACUGAAGUACAUCCUUCUGAGUAACUUGAUCAAUGGUGCCAGACCAGGCCAAUUACACACCAGCGAGUGAAUGGUAACUGGUAAAUGGACUGCAUUUAUAUCUCGCUUUUAUCCAAAGCGCUUUACAAUUACUGCCUCUCAUUCACCCAUUCACACACACACUCACACACCUACGAUGAUGGGCUGCCAUGCCAGGCACCGACCAGCUCAUCGGAAGUUAUUGGGGUUUAGGUAUCCAUGCUAACCUACUGUAGAAACAAUGUAAAUUGUGAAUGCAUACAGAUAAACAUGAAACAAAAACAAGUGUUAAAAUGGCAAAACUUGAAUUCAUUUCCUGCACGUUGUUGACAGUUUUAAAACUUUAAAACUUUUAAAGUUGUAUUGUGUUCUGAAUAAAAUUCCUCUUUGAUUUGA